CUAAAAAGGAAAGCAAAUAUUCACGGCUCUGAAAAAUGAAAGCUUCGCUUUGCUUCAGCGGAACAAAGAAGCAAAUCUAGACGGCAACAAACCCCCAAAACCUCUUCGUUUUCUAACUUCCUCUCAAUUCCACCGGAAUCCAAUUCUCUGCUCUGAAUGCCCGGAAAAUUCGCCGCCGAUCCGACGCCGUUUUGGUCCUCCUCGCGAUCCGGCGACCGUCGAAUGGAGCAGUGAGUUGCUCCUAGAUCCGACUCUCCGGUGCGGCAUUCGUCCGAUUGGCGUCUCCGGAGUUGAAGCUUAGAGGCUUUGGGAUCGCAGUCACUGUGAGGUUUGGUGGAGCUGUUAAAUUUGGCUGUGGCUGUGGCUGUGGUAAUUCGAGCGUUACCGUGAGUAAUUCUGGGAAUGGUGAAUCUCGGGGUUGGAGUUUGGAGUUGAAUGGAGGCGUGGAGUGGUUAGUUGGAGCUGAAUUGGACUGUGGAGUUAGGUCUUGGCUUGUGACGGUGGCGCUUUGGUUUUUGGUGUCUGCAAUUUGUGAAAGCUAGGGUUUCGGGAGACGGUGAAGAUCUUCGUUUGAUUUAAGCCUCUAUUUUCCAAGUUUUCAGCUAUUGUUUGACUUGGUCCUACUCUGUUUAUAAGUUCAUUUGUAUUGGAAUUGAGUUAAGUUUGGUGCAAGUUGGCGCCGACGAAGCAGAGAGAGUGUUGGUUUCUUUGGGUGAAACGGUCAGAGCUGUUAUUAGGUGCUUAAGUUAUUUUUUUUAUUUGGGUAUAUAAUGAUGAGUUGCUGGUUCAAUUUGGAGAGAUUGGGACGGCGGUUUUGAGUUUUCGAAGCUUUUUUAAGUGGUGAGAGAUGCCGCCUUCUCCGGCAUUGAGGUGCUCUCCUGGCCGAGAAGCGAGAGGGAGUCAGCACAGGCGAGGUAGGAGUUUCGAGGCUGGUAUGAUUGUGAGAGAGAAAGAUGAGGAUCUUGCUUUGUUCAACGAAAUGCAGAUUCGAGAGAAGGAGGAUUUCUUGCUUCAGUCGGAUGAUCUUGAAGACACAUUUUCUACGAAAUUGAGGCAAUUUUCGGAUUUCAAGUUGGAAAUCACCAUUCCUACGCGGGGGGAGAGUAGUGAUUUGCUUAAUGCGGAAGAAGAUAAAAAUGACUAUGAGUGGUUAUUAACACCUCCCGACACUCCACUGUUUCCAUCCUUGGAUGAUGAGCCACCACCAGUCAAUACGACUGAGAGGGGGAGACCUCGAAGUCAGCCUAUUUCUAUAUCAAGAUCAUCCACGAUGGAAAAGAGUUACAGAAGCAGCAGGGGUAGUGCUAGUCCUAGUCGCCUUAGCCCAUCUCCUCGUUCUGGGAAUAGUACAUUACAGUCAAGAGGAAGGCCAUCAUCAACACGUAACUCCAGUCCUAACCCAAGUCUGCGUCCUGCUUCUCCCUCACGUCCUGCUACUCCAUCACAUUCUGCUACUUCAUCACAUCCUGGUACCCCAUCACGAAGACCAUCUACUCCCCCUAGUAAAUCCCCGUCCCCUGCUCCAAGGUCUUCUACCCCUACUCCCAGGAGGAUGAGCACUGGAUCCAGUGGUAUUGUGGCCCCACCGGGGAGAAGGGGAACUUCUCCUGUAACGGCAAGUAGAGGGAACUCUGCUUCACCGAAAAUAAAAGCAUGGCAAACAAACAUUCCAGGCUUCUCCAGUGAUGCACCCCCCAACCUCCGCACUUCUCUUGCUGAUCGGCCGGCAACAUAUGUCAGGGGUUCCUCUCCAGCAUCUAGAAGUGGGAGGGGUUCCUCACCUGCAUCUGGGUACAGAAGGCAGUCAAUGUCUCCAACUGCUUCAAGAAUUGUCAGUUCAUCUCAUAGUCAUGAUAGAGACCCAUUUAGCUCUCAGGGCAAAGGUUCUAUUGCCUCUUCUGGUGAUGAUGAUCUGGACUCUUUACAAUCUCUUCCUGUGGGCAGUUUAGACCGAUCAACUCUGAAAAGAGUUUCUGCCUUCUCAAACAACAGAGCUGUGGCCUUCUCAAAGAAUUCAGCCAAACUGGUGUCCCCAUCUUCUGCUCCAAAAAGAUCUUUUGAUUCUGCUAUUCGACAAAUGGAUCAUCGUAAAACUCCUCAAAACAUGUUCAGGCCACUCUUGUCCAGUGUUCCGAGUAGCACCUUUUAUGUUGGAAAAUCAAGUUCUGCUCAUCAUCCUCUGAUUUCCAGGAACUCCUCAGUCACAACUAGUAGCAAUGCAAGUUCUGAUCUAGGGACAAGUUUUGCACCUGAUACUGAAGGAAGUGAGCACAACCAGGAUGAUAUGGCAAUUGAAUCUGAGAAGGUGCCAUACUCUGAUGGUCAUGAUGAAGUAUUUGCUUUUGAUAAGAUGGAUGUAGUAAAUGAAGACAUGAAACAUGAUAUUUAUGAUGGAUCACAUGAAGUUCAUGAUGUUGAGUUCACUAGAAAUUCUACAGUUGAGUGUGCAACUGCUGAUUCUGAGGAUUCUGGCCAUCCCAAUAUCUUGAAGGAAGUUGGUUCAAUCAUUGAAGAUUCUCAUGUUAAGGGUGAUUUAUCUGAAAUUGAUAGCUUAGAAGAUAUGGAACUUUGUUUCAAAUGUGGCUGCAAGUACUAUGCUUCUAACGAGGUGGAAAGGAAGAUUCGACUCUGUCCAGAAUGCAGUAGGAAAGAUAAACUUCUGAGUGUCCUGAUUCCGGAGAGAGACGUAGUUCCUGAUAACUCUGCACCUUUGUCUGUAAAUAACUUGGGAGAAGAAAAGCCUUUGGAUGAAAGGGAAACCAUGAGAGUUGUACCUGGAUCUCCACAGGUGACUGAUCUUGAGGAAUCAAAGAAUGCUGAAGAGAAUGAUGAUCAAGGCCAAAUUACUUGCAACGAGCAAACUCAUAAUGUCUUACAAGAUAAUGCUCUUGCAAUGCCACUUGUGAAGGGAGGUGACGAUGGGCUCUCCAAGCAGCAAGAGGCACGCUCAUUAUUUCUUGGUGGUGGUUCACCUGAUAGUGAUACUGGGUUUCAAAAAUCACAUCAUUCUAAUACCUAUUCAAAUAUGAGGGCUGACAUUUCAGAAGGUACAGGCAUUUCUAUACUGCUGAAGAGGACUAGCAGUAGCAAGGGCGCAGUUCAGAGCAGGACUUUCACAGCCACUGCCAUACCUUAUGAGGAUCUGUCAUAUGCUAGAGAUAGUUCAAACAGUAUGAGAAGCUCCAUUGGACAUGGUAGUUUCUCUGCAUCAUCUUCUGUUGAUUUUAGUCCAUCUAGACUAACGGAGGCUCGUGUGCAGCGCCAAUUUAGCAGCAAGAAAUUAGAAAUGGAGAAUAGCAGAGAUGAAACAAACAUGAAGCUACAAAGCAUUGGGUUAGCAGACAUGGAGAGUCAUCGACAUGACACAAGCAUGAAGCACCAGAGAACUGGGUCAUCAUCCCAUGGACUUCCAAACUAUACCCGUGAAGUGUUAGGUCUUUCUUCAGAUACGAUUGAUAACGAUUUCGAGGGUACUGUGGGAAAUGGGCAAUAUGAUGGUGCAGUAAAGGCACACACCGCAUCUGAAGAAUAUCGGCCAGCAUCAUACUGUAUGGAAGCAAAUGUUUCCACAACUUCAACCAGGACAACUGUUGUUGAAGAGGAUGAGGAAAUCAUUGUUAGAAGUACCAGAGCUGAUGCUUCUACUUCAGAAAUGUCGAGCCACACAGCUGAUACUUUGUUAGAGAACAAUACAGUUGCAAUGUUUCCCAGCUGUGAAAAACCAAAUGAAUGCAGUGAAGACGGGCAAAACAACACCAGGAGUGCCACAGAUAUAGAAGUAUCAGCUAUAGAUCCCGAGUCUUCAUUAUUGAACAAGGAAAAUAUCAUCCAAAUCAGUAGGAAUAAUGGAGUGGAUGUUGAACAGAUCACUAGUCACAGCUCUUUGAUUACAGUCUCAGAAAUAGAAACUGAAAAAGGUAUUCACAGAACCUCUGUUUCCAUUAGCGAUGAUGCUUCUUUUGAAUCAAAGAGUACCAUGGAGGACUUUCAGGAGACUUCAAUUCCAAAUCCUUCCGACAGUAAUCCGACAUCAUCUAUUCCAGAGACCAACACCACCAAUAAUACACAUGGCAUCCUAGAUGAGGAAUCAACAGUAAUGGUUGAGAGUCAAGGUCGAUGCAAAAAAAGAAACCUAACACUGGAAGAGGCAACUGAUACAAUACUUUUAUGCAGCUCCAUUGUCCAUGAUCUGGCCUACCAGGCUGCAACGAUAGCAAUAGAAAAGGAGCAGUCAGUACCAUUGGAAGGUUCACAGCCUACGGUUACAAUAUUGGGGAAUUCCAAUCCCGAGAGAAAGGAUCCACGUGGCAGAACUGUCAGUAGACGCUCUGUAAAAUCUCUAAAGGGUAGGCAAAAGCGGUUGGAAACAGAUGCAGGUCCCAUUGGAAGUAAGACCGAGAAUGACGAGAAUGAGAAUGAUAAUGAGAAUGUUGACGAGGGUUUGCAACAACGCCCUGUAGGGCUUCCUCCCAACAAGGCAGACGGCUUGAAGCCCCCAAAGCUGGAAUCCAAGUGCAACUGCACGAUAAUGUGAGUAUUUAUCUCGUUCCAAGCCUGCUCACAGUGCGCCCAGCUUGCCCUUUGGCCACUCCGUUCAGUGGUUCCAAUGGAGGUGAUGCCAAUGAGUAUUUAUCUGAAGGAUUGUCUGGGCAGAUGCCAAUUAUGUGUUGGUCGAUAAUCGUAUACAUCUGUAAGAAUGCCACGCUGUUUGGAUGACGUAAUUGUAAAGUUUUCGCUUGUCAUUAGUCUGAUAAUAGAGAGAGAGAGAGAGAGAGAGAGAGAGAGAGAGGUAUUGGAGGCUAAUUUGUGUUUUGCUCUAGCCUCUAGUUCCCCACAUUCUUGUAAGGAAUCAGUGAUUCCCCGGUUCAGUUCCUCCAUUAGAGUAAGUGUGAAAGCGAACCCAUUCAAUCAUAUUCCUUGUCAUGUUUUGCAAAUGAUUUACCGUUGAUCUG